UGAAAACUAACAUUGCUGAUCGAAUAAUAAAUUUUAUUCGAUUUUCUUGUGUAUCGAAUAAUGUAUAUUUACCUGUACACAGCGAAGAAACACUUGUGGCGUUCGUAGCUACGGACAUGUAAAGUGGCGGGCACUUAUGGAUGAAAGUAGCAUCGGCACAAGAAACUUUAAUAUCGUAUACGUCAGCAGCUACCGAGGCACAUGUUUUAGACGAUACGUUUUGCGUUUUAACAUCUAACGGUUCCCGUGCCCAACACACAUUUAAGUUAUCCAAAUUAGAGCCUUGAAUCUAGAAACAUGAAUUACGUGUCACGCAAAUAUCAUAAGCUUAAAAUAUUCACACGAAUGAAACUCUUUACCUUCACUGUGGCGUAACCCUCAUGCUUGAAGAAAUAAUUGGGAUGUAAGCUAUACAAUUUUAUUUCGUUUGGUGCAACUUGAUCAACAUACGGAUUAGAAGAUCCAUUUGACUUAUAAUUUUCACCACACUGCGUAUUGAUCAAACGCUUAGGAACUGUAAUGUUUAUUUACCUCUUGUUAAUGUAAAAUUCAAAAAUGGUGCUACUACUUUUUUUUUUACCUUGCUUUAUUCUGGAGACUAAAGUGAUUACUGGCGACAAAGCUUCCAUUGUGUCACCGAUGCUAAUAGUGAACAAAUCCGAUGUAGGAUUUUUAACGAGAUCAGACCACAUGUCCUUCGAUCCGUAUGCCAUAAUAAGUAAUGUUGUAUCUAAGCGAACAUCGAUUGAUCAGUUACGUUCUAAAUUUAUAUCUGUGUUUAUUCUGUUUCGUCGUGUAUCGAUAAGUAUGAAUCAUCGGUUACCUGGUAUCUGCUCACGCAUCCGUACUAUAUUUUGCAAGCAGUAAUCCUUAUCACUUAUAGAAAUGGUCGAUAUAUAUGGAAUAAUUAAAACGACGUCAGAUCUAGCACCGCCGAUUCCUUUGUUGCGUUCGUUCUCUAAUUUACUCCUCGAGUAAUACCACAGUUUAUCGAUCGACUUGGGCAAAUCGAAACCAUGCGUAACUGAGAACAAUAUAUUUUUGUUAGGACCGGUUUCUAUAAAGUUACCUGUCCAUUCGUUUUUUAUAAUAUAAAAUUUGUGCGUAUAAAUGUACAUACUAUUGUCGUAGUGCGACGAAUUGUAAGCAUAGAACUCUAGGAUAUUGUAUGUGCUAUUAAUAAUUACACUUCCGUCGUAGCCAUUUAUUAAUGUGAAGUUACUGUUAAAUUGAUUCAAAUCUAUGCUCUCCAGUAACGUUCUGAAAGACAAUAUUCAGUUUAAUAUGUAUCCUCAUAAUUACGAAUGUAUCGCGGUAUUAGUAUUACAAAUUAUAUAGAAACUUACGCAAGGAUGGACUGUAUCGCAGAGAAUGGCCAAUUUGUAUCAAGAAUGAUAGUCAAAUCAACAUACGCUUUAUUCAAGUCAUUCAAUUUAUCUGUAUCCGUGCAUGAAAGAUCAUCGUUCAUCGACGAAGCUGUAAAAUUAGAGAAGCGAUUAAAGAUGCUUUCUCGAGCACUAGUAAAACACAAAAUUCAAGAAUCAAUACUUACGAACGUAUCUUGCUAAGUCAUUUACAGCUUGUACCGAAAAUUCUUUUAUUUUUAUGGGAUCGAGUGUUGCCGUUGCUAUAUCAGGAUUUAACAAUACAGCAGCACUAUACGCCUAUGAAAGAAACGUCUCUUAAGAAAACAUUUAUGCAUAUAAAUGGACGAAACGUUCAUUCCUUCAAAAUUUAAGUAUAGCGAUUUUACCUGCGCAGACAUAGUUUCAUUAGGAGCAACAGAUGUGAACAAUGUUCUGCGGUUACAUGCUCUGAUCGAGGAAUCAAACAACCCUUGCGUGCUAUAGUACAUAUCAAAUAUUUGUGAUAACUUUAAGCUGGGAAUCCUCGAGUACCAUUUAUUAAUUUCAUUAGCCAAGAUUAAGCCGUCUAUGUCGCCUCUGAUUUCUGCUGUUGUCAUUUCCAGUGUAUCAUUGGAAUCCAGGAAAUACCAACGUGGCAAAGCAGUAGAGUUCCAAUGACCAAUUCCUCCUACGCUAAUUUUUCCUAGAGGUCCUCGUGUUAAAGCAACUUCCGCCAAAUCUCCUAUAAUAAUAUUUAAUGUCAUGCAUCAUUUUUAGCGUGUAGAAGCAACGUAGAUUAUUAAUCACUUAUAUUAAAGAAAAUCAAUGUUACCGGCUAAAGUGGCAAACCAUAUAUUAUCUAUAGUCAAUCCUGAAAGUUGUGGAUUAUUUGCUUGUACUAAAUUAGGUUGUAUAUCUUGAAGUUUAAUUAUUUCCGGUUGCGUUGCAGCUGCUACUGCAGAAAGAACCAAGCCAGGACUAACAACACCCCAGCUAAAAUAUACGUUAAUAUCGAAUUAUUUAUCGAGCAUACUUUGCAAUGUUUUUGAAUGUGUACGGUUGUAACUGUGUAUAAAGUUAAACAUACGGGGUCUUGAUGACACCAUUCUCUACGGGGCAUUUGCUUUGGGGUGCUGAUGUCAUUGAACCAAUCAUUUUACCAUUAUCCGGAUGAUUAGGUGGUAAUGCUGGAUAUAAUGAACUUGGAUCAUCCGUAACCUUGGCGCCUCCAUCUUUUUGGUUAGUCAUGGUUUUUCUAUGUAAAAAUUUCAUGAAUACAUUACUUUGUUAUUUUAGUAUAUUUCAAUUAUAUCGCAUCCUGUAACAGGUGGAACCAUUGUAACUCCUUUACGUACAAUUCAUCCGAUGUCAAGGUUUCUGCAUCAUUGAUGGUAUCUUCGCUUGUCGGUUCAUCAGUAUGCUUAAUGUUUCUUGCGUGUCUAUAUAAGCUUGAGUAUCUGCAAACUUUUGCUUCGUCACCUCUCUGCAAAGUUUCUAUGCUACUGGAUAGCAUGAAAUGCAAUGUACACUGUGAAAUAAUAAUAUCAAAUAUUAGAGUGAAAUGUCUAAAUAUAUUGAAGGUACAAGAUGUUACACGUACCCGUUCAAUGUUUGUGAUACUGUUAUUAGGAAAAUGGAGAGCAUUUCCUGGUAUGAAUCCAAGGGUUCGAGCAUGUCGAUAGAAUUGCAAAUCAUUUGGUGCAUAAGGUGUCACUCCAUCCAGUGCAGGAACAUCGGGAUUAGCUGUGAUCCCAUCUUGUCGAAAACUGUGAAUUAAAAAUAUCGAUAAGAAUGAUUUUUAAUCGCCUCCUCUUUCAGUAACAGAAUUAGUAAUUUUACCGAUGUAGAAGGGCAACAGAUAAACUUCUCAAAUCCAUAUUAAGACCUUCUGAAUUUUCGAUUUUUCUCAGUAUUGAAAUGAAUGUGUUUAUAGUAUGCGGUAAUCUGUUAUCCCGUUGUAAAAUGAAUUUAUUGUCGUAACAUUCGUGAAGGGAGGGCGAUAGAUUUCGGACUGCAUUUUCUUGCCCCCAAACACCUUGAAGGAAUAAGAUUGGAAUUUCUAGCAGAAUCAUAUGGUUUAAUAUAAUACUGAUGAAAUACUCACCCAAUAUAGCAACAGUAAAGUAACAUAAAUGCAAUAAUUUAGCCAUUCUGUUUGAUCUGGAAAAAAGAGGAUGUAAUAUAACUGUAUCAAUAGAUAGUGGUAGAAGAUAAUGAAAAUGAAGAAAGUAUAUCUCGUUAAUUACUAGGUAUGAUGAUAUGGAUAAAUUGCUGAACGUAUGGUAAAUUAUAAUUGAAAGAGUGCAAUACUUACAAUAAUUGAUUGGUGAAUACUUUUAGCACAGAAUGAAUGAUAUUUCUUCAGCACCAUGUACCGUAGUAAAAUACACCACACCUAUCUACAGAUAUAGUGGUACCUAUCACUAAUCUGAUAAGAUAAUAUGACACAUCAUGAGUAACAGGUACCCCACCUUAUUAUAGGUGUCCAGUAGGUAAUGUAAAGGAAAAUAAAACGAAUAAAAUAUUCUUACUCAUUACCUCGUAUUUUGUCUCAACUUGAUGCAUUAAAAAACUCUACUUGCAUAACGAUUAACGUUUGAAACGGUAACUGUUUCUUCAACACGUUAAAUAGAAGUCUGUGUUGAAAAUAAUAUCUCACAUAUGAUAAAAAGAAAGCUAUACGAGGCUUUGGUCGUUCCUUCAUUAUAGAAAUGAAAUUUCUUACUGGCAAUUAUCUUAUCAUGAUUAAAAUAGGACAUAAUCUUUUUCCCAUUCUUACACGAUUAGUCGGGUGAGUAGCCGGGAAGAUCAAGAUAGAUAUCGGAAGCAUAACACACUUAGUAGACUACCAGUGAAAUACAUUAUGACUCUCUGUAUCACAAAUAUGACAAUCAUCCAGAUUGUACUAUGGAUAGCGUGUUGUGAGUUGCAAUUAGCGUGGUCUCAAACAACUAUACCGGAAUACCUCAAAGAAUGUUACACCGGCGACGCCGCAUUCAAUUCUUCGCGUCCGUUGAAUUUACGUGUAGUAAUAGAUAUUAUACAGAAAUUGGAAAGACAGUCGUCUAAAACGAUGGAUAUGAGAGUACUGUCGUCGUCGUUACUCCACAGAUUUAAAUUUGAUGGCAUUGAGUACCAAAAGAAUGUACACAUUACGAAUGGUAUACUGCCAUUCCGUGCCACUGGACGGCAACGUAUUAGACAAAGAUUGGUCGAAGAACUAAUACCGGGCAACGCAGAAAUUUUACCAGUCAACGUACUCUCAUUUGCGGAACGUUGUACACUUCAUCAAGCUAUCUCUAAUACGAUCCUGCAACAUGACGUUCAAUGUAGAAACGGAUCCUGCAGGGAAGUCACAGACACUGAAGACCUGCCAAGUAAACAUGCGCUUACUGAUACGUUCAAGUAUCUGAGACAACAAGGAGUCAUUUUAACACCGUAUGGAACAGUUGCUCCUGGAACAAUUAUAGGAGCUGUUGCUGCAUCCCUGCAACAACAGAAUGUUCCAGUGAAUCAGUUAGUUUCUAGUUCAGAAGCAUCUCCUUUAGGUAUAGAAUUUAUACGCAUGCUACUGCGUAUAGUAUCGUACCAGGUGAUAUUUUUUCAUAUUACAGGGAUAAGCUCUACAAUGGUAGAGAAUCUAGAACACAACGAAGAAGAAAUUAAUUUUACUCCAUUAAAAAGUGAAAUGAACCAUGAGCUAUCUAUGUGGUACCAUGCUUUAAUGACUUCAUUUUCGAAGCUUGAUAACAUGUGGUUGACCACGAUUGCAGGUGAAUUGGCAGAAAUGACUGUAUACCAAGGACCUUUCGUGGGACAGGAUAUGAACCUCGGUGCAACUGGAUUCUGGAAUAAUACAAUGUGGCCGACAGUUUAUUAUCUCACAAGUUCACAUAAAAAUUUUGACGCGACUCGAGCCGAAUUAAUGGGUGGCAUUGAUGGACUGAUUAUUGCAAAAAAUUUGCAAUCUUGGAUUCAAGACUUCCAGAGUCUUCGACUCAGUCAAAUUUUGGAAAUGUAUUAUUCGUACGAGGGUAUUGCUUUUAACACAAAUAUUAAAGCAUGCAACAGAGCACAAAAUUUUGUACAUGUUGUAUCGAAUACUAUUCUCAAUGAACAGACUUACGCAGCAGCUGAAAUGUUGGCCUAUCGAAACAGCGUGGCGUACAUAUCGCCAGAAGCAUUGCAGAAAAUGGUUAAUUUUGCCAUUAAAGCAUUCUAUAAUUACACAGAGAAACACAUGUUCCCGGAAUUGCCCUGUCAACAAGUCGAUCAACCACGUGUAGAAACGUUGAUUGCAUUUGAUGGUACAUGGUCGACAGAGAAUACGAGGGACUUCCUUGCACUUUUAACACAAAAUUUGGAUGUAUCAAUGUACGGAUCAAAGAUGGGCAUAAUACAUGGCACAUCGGGAGAAUGGUUGUUGAAUGUUACAAACAGUCCAUCGCUUGUAUUCGACUCGUUGAAUAAUUUCACAAAUGCACUAUGGCCUACACAACUGAAUUAUACUCGAGUUUUGGAGACUAUUUUUGACUAUUUGAAUAAAACAUGGGAAGCCAACCGAAACCGGUAUGCGAUUGGAAAUCUGGGCCAAGUAGUUGUAUUACUAUCCCCCGUAGGGUCCAUGUCCAGUAUUGAUAAACAGUCUGCAGUAAAUAUAUUGCAACAAAUAAAAAAUAACCAUCCAGAUGUUCACUUCGUAUAUUUCACAUCACAAUCCAAUAAGGAUUUAUUCGAAUCGUUCAUUUUAUCGGCCGAAGAUCAUUUAAUAAGCAAUUCCAACAUCAACAGUAUUACUCAGUACAUAACGACAAUACCACGAUCAAUAAGGCCCAUAAUAUCUCCAAAUAGAUUCGAUGUCUUAAUGGAUGUAAAUAACUCAAAAGGUAUUACUCCUCGGUUUGAAGAUUACGCAAGCCCUUCGAAAUCUAUUACGUAUAGACUACAUUCACGCGGAAGACAGAAUAUUAAGAAAAUACCGAUUUCAAUACACACUUUUGGCUAUGGUGCAAUGAAAGUGUGUUCAUGGAUACAAUUUAAGCAGGAUGAAAAAGAAAAUUACCAUUGCAUGGAAUUAGCAGGUCAUAAGGAAAUUACUUUGUUCGAAGACUUUAAAUGCGGUACUACUUCUCCCUGCCCUGAUAUGUAUUUCCAAAUACAAAAUGUUACAUCCUCUUACAAAUGUGCAGAGAUAGACUGCCGAACACCGGACCAAGUAAGAUUUAUUAUAAGAACGCAAAUUUUCUAUGAUAAAAAUUCUGCUGAUCAAAAUGUAAUGCUAGCCUCAUUAAUCUUUUCACUUUUAUUCGUACGUUAUAUAAUAAUAUAAAUUUUAUUAUGACGAGGAGUAUUGAAUUUAUUAUACGUACUAAUGGAUCUUUCGAUAGAGAGAUAAGCUAAUAGAAUUAUUUGAAACGUUAUCUGAUACUUCGAGUCUGAUAAAACUUUAUUACAUUAAAAAAAUACAAAUUUAUUCGUACUUACAAUUGAUCGGAUGGCUUAAUAAUUGUGAUAUGCAUACUCGUACACAAAUUUUAUUAGAUACUGAAAGUUACUUGACGCGGCAAGACUUCCCAAUUCCGGCUCUACCAGUAGCGUAUCAAUCGGCGGAAGAAACUCUUCUGCCGAUCCACCUGUAUUACAAAACGAAAUCGAGCAUUUAUAUUUAUUCUACAGAUAGAACAAAUCUUUUAUACAUUUCAAGUAUAUUGUUUUUCCUUUAAACAGUUAAUAUAACCUACCCAUAAAAUGUGCCAGAUCCAUUAACUUAAAGAAAACUAAUUCUUGUACUUGUUGCUCAGGAUUUUUUCCUAUUGUGUCCCACUGAUCUCGUUUCGCAGCUCGUGCCCAAAUACGUAACUUUAAAGAUUCCUUUUCAUCUUUUUGUUCCACAUACUCGAGUAAAUCAAGAGCUUUUUUGAAAUCGUACUCGUUCGCAUCUUCAUUCUCCUCGGAUAUGUAUAGCUGCAUCAAUUUUAUUCGAUUCGCAUGAAAUAUUUCACAAGAAAGGAAGGAAAGGAAAAGAACGUGUACCAAUGACCUUUAAACGGUCAGCAAAAUGUUCGCUACACCGGUAGAAGGAUCAAGAUACGGAUGAUAAGUAAUUCGGUAUCGAUUGGACACGAGUUAAAGAAUUAACAUAAAGAAAUAUACCAUGACUAAUUCUGUUGGCGUGAAUACUCGUAAUUUUUCCGUAUCGUAACCAUAUGUUACGAGUACUUGAGUAGGUACGUCCUCUUGAUGAGCUAUUAGCGCUAAUUCGUUAUCGAUUUUUUUCAUACGUUGUACCUCGUAUUCGCCGUCAUCGGAAGCAAGCAGAGCCAAUUUCGCCAAAGAGAGCAUGGACUGCGAUGAAACAUCGAAUGUAUUUGACCAGGAUGAUCACAGAAAAAUAUUUACUUACCUUCUUGCGAGUCAUUAAUUCGCGUUCUUCGGUAGCUAGAGAAUAAAGAGUAUUGGCAGCGAAUUGCAAAUCGUCGGUCAACGCGGACUGAACCCAAGACAAUGUAGGAUGUUCUGCUAACUUUUCUGCUAAUUCCACAGUACCCCCGCGUCUACAUUUUUCUACUAAUUGACCUUGUCGACCAUCUUUCACGUACCUACAAUCGAUAAAUUAUUAACUGACAUUUAUACAGACGAGAUACAACGCAACUUUCGCUUAUUUACAAGAAAAGGACUCUCACCAGGAAAACAAAAAGCCUACGAAAUCUUGAUCCGAGAAUUUUUCUAUGUAUCCAUCUAAUCGGUUUUUAUUGUUGGUUAAUUCGCAUAUCUGUAUAAGGGACGCGAAAUCGCAAUACUUCUCGGCUAACAUCGUCGCGCUAUCAUAUUGCUCCUCCUUUACUGUAAAGUCAUUCGAUGUAAAUAUAGCUUUUGUAAAUAUUACAGUCGAUUCUCUCAAAACAUACACAUACUUAAAGGUUGUAUUAAGUUUGUUCUGUCCGUUUCGUACUGUUUCAGAAGUAUCACGAACUUCUCUGCGCCUCUGACGCUUUUCAAAUGACACUUCCGGCCGUCUAAUAUUAAAUCUAUGAAACUCACUAACUGCUCGUAUAAUUCGCUUCUUACUACUGAAUCGUUAGUUCCGGUCACGCCGUGCUUAAGAGUUAAGUUGUACUGCAACGAAGAUUGUAAAAGCCAACCAUUGUGGUAAGACAAUUUCUCAGUCCAUCUUUUCCUGUGGCAGCAGUCCAUGGAAGAUAUUCUGUCGUACCACCUGAACUUCUUGCGGGAGGAGUAAAUCGUUCAGCAUUGUAUUGUCGAUAUUUAAGUACCUCGUGUAGCACACCCUGUUAUCAAUGUUCAUUCUAUUCAUUUUUAUUCCAUUUUGUUCCAUCCGUUGGAAAUUAAGUUGAAAUUCAUACUUACUAGUAAUAUGGCGUUCACUUGCAUAAUGUAAUGCGCCACUUGCUGAAUAGGUCUUUCAGAUUGUGUCACCUCGUUCGCAUUGUUUACCAAGGUGGGAAGAAAAUAAUGCACUGUACUGACUUCGCGGUAAAAUAUAUCGCGCGAUGUUAAUUCAUCGGAUACGUAAGAUUUGGGACUUAAUGUUUGUUCAAUUAUAGUAUCUACAAUAUCUGGAUAUCUAAUAAUAAUUGAAAACAAUAUGAUUACGUCAUGGACAUAUAAACUUAACACACUACAAGAACAGUAACACCGAAAAAAGUUACCUGUUUUGAAGGUUAUAUAUGGUUAAUGCUGCAACUAUUUUUUCGGCAUACUCUCCAAAAACAUGCGGUGUAGUUAUUACUAUGCCUCGGUGCUCAACUGCACCGAACUAAAAGAGGAAACAUAAAUUAUAGUAUCAUGUCGGUUUAUAUCUACUCAAACAUGCCGCACUUAUGAAAAUAAAAUAACUCACUCUGUUCCAUAAGUUAUGUUCUUUCAGAAAUGCUAUAUACAGAUCCAAUGCUUUUUGUUUUCCUUCCAACUGAUGAGGUAUUUGCAUAGAAGUAACUGCGUUUAUUGUCAUUGCUGUAAACAAAGCGCAAUAAAUUAACGCCUAUGAUGAAACGAUCUAUUUGAACGUAAUAGAUGAUAAAAUUAAUUACACAGAUCCCUGUGGUUAGACCAGCGUGGAUCAUUCGCUGGAUAAUCGUCUAUUAAAUCCUGAGCUACUUUUAAAGCCAGAGUAUCGAGACUAGCAUCUAUCUCCAUCACUGCCUCUUCUUGCGAAGGAAAUAAUUGCGAUAAAAUCUCUUCGCACUGCGUCUGUAACAAAAUAACUUAGCAUUUCGAUUAUUUAUAGGAAUUUAUUAAGUAGACCAACCUUAUUUUGACGUAAACUGAGGAGAAAGGCAGCUCGUAAUUGCGUUGCACUAUCGGAACUAUAAAACAUAUCCUGAACUUCUUCAUUGCUUAUUAGACUAGUAAAAUUUUGCGUAGCUACAUUGGGUCGAUAGUUAUAGUCUGAACUUGUAGUUGUAUCAACAUAAUUUCUACAAGGAUAUCAUCAAUGAAGAUAUGUACUUUUAAAAUCAUACAUGCAUUACUUGUGUAGAUGUACGAUACAUACGUAUUGAAGUCCUGUGACGUAAAAUCUGUUGGCGUAAUUGACACCAAUCCCAAAAGUUUUGUAAAUAACACUGGAGUUCCUGAACACAAGGCACCACCAAGAAUCUGAUCCUCUUUUUUUGCCAACUUUAUUUCAUCUCCUUCAUGCUCGGACAUACCUAUAAAAGUGUAUAUUAAAAAUCGGAACAACUGCUGCAACAGUAGUUUUACUUAAUAAUAAAAAAAAAUAUCUUACAAUUUACGACAACUGCAUCAUGAUCACCGUAUAUGAUAACUUCCGAACCACACAGUAUAAUACGUUCAGAAACAAGUGAUUCGGAAUAGCCAAAACUGACAAUUGCAUUCUUUUUCAUUCGUAUAAACCAUUUAAAUGUAUUCGCUAAUGUUGUAGAAGAUAACUCUA